CAAUUAAGAGAGUGUGUAUGUGAUCUGAUUCAGUGAUUGAAUUCCAAAUCGAAGAAAAAGAAGAACAAGAAGGAAGACGAAGAGAUCUGAAACUCCGAAAACUAGUAUUCCAGAAAUCUCUGAUUGAUUAGUAUGUGUUCUUCACUCUAAUCCGCUUCGUCUAUGCAUAAAAAUGUCAGCAAUUCUGCAUCAAAGGCCACUUCAAAGCAUUCUCACAAGUUCUUCCCCUCAAUCUCCUACCUCUUCAACCAAUCACCAGAAAUCUCUCGUCAUUUUCAGCCGACCAGUUCUCCUCAUCCUCUUAUCCCUUCUCGUUAUACUCGGAGUCUUCUUCCCAUGGAUUGGAAAUCAUCACGCUCUCUUCUCAACCUUCCCUGGUUCUACUCCUUCACUUUCUAAUAAAUGGAAUGAUUAUACACUUGCCGAUGCUGUUUCUAAUGUGGCCAAGAACGGUACCGUCAUACUUUGUGCCGUCAGCCAGCCGUAUUUACCGUUUCUCAACAAUUGGUUGAUUAGUAUCACAAGACAGAAUCAUCACGAGAAGGUUCUAGUCAUUGCUGAGGAUUACGCUACUCUAUACAAAGUCAAUGAGAAAUGGCCUGGACACGCCGUCCUUAUUCCCCCUGCUCCGGAUGCCCAGACUGCUCACAAGUUUGGAUCUCAGGGAUUCUUCAAUUUUACAUCUCGAAGGCCUCGUCAUCUACUUCAUAUAUUGGAACUUGGAUACAAUGUAUUGUAUAAUGAUGUUGAUAUGGUUUGGCUGGCAGAUCCAUUUCCAUAUUUCGAAGGGAACCACGAUGUGUACUUCACAGAUGACAUGGUUGCGAUUAAACCUUUGAAUCAUUCUCAUGCUUUACCACCUCCGGGGAAAAAGGGACGAUGUUAUAUAUGCAGUUGCAUGAUUUAUUUGCGUCCAACUAACGGUGCAAAACUUGUCAUGAGAAAGUGGAUCGAAGAGAUGCAAGUUCAGCCCUGGACCAGAUUAAAGAAAGCAAAUGACCAGCCUGCUUUCAACUGGGCACUGAUGAAAACUGCGGACCAGGUGGAUUUGUAUCUGCUUCCCCAAGUAGCAUUCCCGACAGGAGGAUUGUACUUCAAGAAUAAGACAUGGGUUAAAGAAACGAAAGGAAAGCAUGUAAUCAUACACAACAAUUACAUAGUAGGAUUUGAAAAGAAAAUAACCCGUUUUCGCUUAUAUGGCCUUUGGCUUGUUGAUGAUUAUGUUCUCGAGUCCCCUCUUGGAAGAUUAUAGCAUAGAUCUAUUUUCUUUCCACAAACUGCUGCUAUUAUUGUUGUUGUUGUUCUUGCAAGUGCCAAUCUUCUUAUUAGUUUGUACAAUAAACCCUAUAUUUGAGGUAUAAUGAAGCAUUAAGUUGGUUGGCCUUUCUAGUGCUUAUUUCUUACCAUUUUUAAGACAUGUGUAAAAUUGUAGCUUCUUUAAUUUAUAUUAAAAGUGAACUUCAUUAGUUCAUUUCAGAGUUAGAAUUC